AGAAGUACAGAAUUCUGCAAGAUGCCACACAUGCGUUACUGUAUUGUUAUGAAGAAGCUUGGUUCCCGUGACCCACGGCUGUCCCCUCCGAACACUCAGUUGGAGAUUAUUGUGAUACCAUGUCGGAAGCACUCUUACAUCUACCAUGUACGCCGGUUGAGAUGCGCGAAGUCAAAGUCCAGGGAGCUGACGACCGAGGGCGGGAUGACGCAUCACGCGUUGUUGACUCCGGAACUUUUGGGAAGCCCCUCGAUCUCAUUGUCGCAAUGGCAUUUCUUUUUUCUCCUUUGAUCUUCUGACACCUAAUCACCUACAUAAUGCCACGAUAAAAACAACUCAAUACGAAACAGAAUUACAUCAAACAUGCCUGUAGCCCCAGGACCCAGCCGGAGAUUCGUCGCCAUCCUUAUCACCGUCUCAGCCUUCCUGGCCUUCACCUUUGUCUUCUCAUUUCGCUCUCAGGAAGUCGGUGUCAGACAUCCGUUGGCAGGAGGGUCCGGCGCAGUCCCAGCAGGGGUCGCUGCAGCACGAUAUGACUUGGAAGAGUCGACUCUUACCGGACAUGUGAUCGCCCCGAAGCUCGGCAACGAGACGGCAAAAGCAGAACUCGGUCGUGCAGCAUGGAAGCUUUUCCACACAACUUUCGCCCGUUUCCCCGACAAACCUACCGCCGAAGAGAGCCAGGCCUUGAAUGCAUAUAUUCACUUAUUCCAGCGACUAUACCCUUGCGGCGAAUGUGCAGGCCACUUCCGGAAAAUCCUCGACAAGUUCCCUCCCCAAGUAACAUCACGAUCGGCAGCUGCAGCCUGGGGCUGUCAUGUCCACAACGAAGUCAACAAAUCCUUAAAGAAAGAGAUAUUUGAUUGUUCCAACAUUGGCGACUUCUAUGAUUGCGGGUGUGCGGAUGGAGAGGCACCAGAAGGAGGCGACAAAAAAGAGAUCACUCAGGCGAGGAAGAAGUUUGAUCCUCCAGAGGAUGUUCCUCUGAAGCUGGAACAAGAAGGAUGGGGCCGAGGUGGCUGAUCUAUAGACGUCUUUCUUCGGCUAGAAAUUUACGAAUAAUUGUUCAUAUAUUCUACUCUUUGGCUCCCAUCACUCGAGGUUCGAUUGUUCGUUCCCCUUGUCUUCUGUGCAAAACAUUACCCCGGAUUACGCAAGGGCGAGAAGCCGUCCGCCGAACGAGCCGCAAAGCGCU